AUGCUGCCGCCGGGCUUCUUGUUCAGACCGAGCGACGAGGUUCUCCUCGUCACCUACCUCAAGAACAAGUUACUUCAGUGGCCUCUUCCCUGCGAUGUUAUUGUGGAGGCUGACGUCUAUGGAUGCCACCCCCAGGACUUGGCUUUGGAGUAUCUCAUGGCAAACAGGGACUUCGAGUGGUUCUUCUUCACUUCUACCCCUCGGAAGCAUCCAGGCGCAAGCGAAACCAGCCGUGCAUCUCGGCGCGCAGGCCUGGGACGAUGGAAGGCCACGAAAGGUGUCAAGAACGUGGUGGAUUCCAAGAAUAACACCAUUGGGUCGAAGAAGAGUUUCUGUUACAUGGAACAGAACUCGGACGGUGGCGAGAACAAAAGUAUCUGGUUGAUGGAGGAGUUCUCUAUGCAGAACCUUAGAAGGAGAGGUAGUGCUGGUGAGAUGAGGGACACAAAUGAGUUGGAUGACUGGGUCAUCAGCAAGAUUUACUUGACUCCAAAAGCUCGCAAGGCUCACGCUGAUUUGAAACAAUUUGCUAGUGCUACAUUGGAACCCGCUUUCAAAAGAAGGAGGAUAGAAGUGCCUUACUCUUCUCCAUCUUUUCUUCUUCUUAUUGGUCUUCUUCUCCUAUUUGACUUUUUGUCUGUCUCCUUUGCCGACUCCCUCUCAUCUGAUAUUCUGAUACCACAGCUAGAAUACAUGAUGGUGCCACCUGGAUUUAUUUUCCAGCCAACGGAUGAGGAGCUCUUGGAUUUCUUCCUCAAGGAGAAGCUCCUCCAUCAGCCACUUCCAUGCGACAUAAUCAAAGAAGCCGAUGUCUAUGGAAACCACCCCAGCAACCUUACUGGUUCCUAA